GACAUGCCUCGCCAAUUUCCCAAGGUCACUUUAAGUGAGGCUGAAGAGAGUCAACUUUUGGUGGAAAAAGUGUACGCUUCGGCCCUAAAAGAAGAAGACCAGAAGGAUGUUUUGUCCAUGUUCACGGUGCCUGAGGACUGCCCCAUUGGCCUACAGCAAGCCAAAGAGCAUGAGCUGAUGAAGGAGUUGGCAGAACAGCGCUCUGAGGAGAGUACCAAAAGGCGCAAAAGUUUGAAGAUGAUUCGUUCCCAGUCCAUGUCCAUGCAGAUCUCCGGAAAUCCAGAUUGGGCAUGGCCGCGGCCUCCAACGCCAUACGUGUCUCCUAGCUCCAGCUCGUUGUGUUCUUCAGUGCCAGAAUACUGCCCUGAUUACCAAAGGGUCACAAUUAGCGGUGAUUACUGUGCAGGAAUCACAGUGGAAGACUACGAACAGGCAGCUAAAAGUCUUCUGAAAGCCUUACUGAUUCGUGAGAAGUACUCCAAAUUGGCCUAUCAUAGAUUCUGCAGAACCACAGCGCAGUUCCUACGCAGGGCUGAAAACGUCAGAUGGUGUGAAGACGAGGAAGUUCAACCGGAUAUGUGCCCGUGCCCAACAAAGGACGAGGAUCCAUACAGUAUGGAAAAUAUCCCAGAGAACUUGACUUGUGAAUUGAAAUUGAAGGACGGAAUCGUGCAUGUGUACGACAGUGCUGAAGAUCGACGAGAAAAUCGUCCGCAUGACCUUCCCUAUCCGGAUCUGGAGACUUUUGCUGUAGAUCUCGGUCAUGUACUGGCAAUGAUUGCAGACGGACCCACGAAAACCUACUGUCACAGGCGCUUGAAUUUCUUAAGCUCCAAAUUUCAUCUCCACGAAAUGCUUAACGAGAUGGCGGAACUCAAAGAACUGAAAAGUGUUCCUCACCGAGACUUUUACAACGUGAGAAAGGUGGACACACACAUUCACGCAGCAGCGUGCAUGUCUCAGAAGCAUCUGCUGACGUUCAUCCAGGAAACAUACAACAGUGAUUCGGACCGCGUGGUCAUGAAAAAUGCUGGGCGAGAAAUGACUCUUGAACAGGUGUUUCACAGCCUCAAUUUGGACCCCUAUGACCUCACUGUGGACUCCCUGGAUGUACAUGCUGGAAGGCACACAUUCCAUCGCUUUGAUAAAUUCAAUUCCAAGUAUAAUCCUGUCGGAGCCAGUGAACUCAGAGAAAUAUUUCUCAAAACAGACAACCUUCUCAAUGGCGAGUAUUUUGCUCGCAUAAUCAAGGAAGUAGCCCACGACUUGGAGGAAAGUAAAUAUCAGCAUGCCGAGCCUCGCUUGUCCAUCUACGGACGCUCUCCAGAUGAGUGGCACAGCCUGGCCAAGUGGUUUAUUCUGCACAAAGUACACUCUCCAAACAUGAGAUGGGUUAUUCAAGUGCCCAGAAUAUAUGAUAUUUUUAGGUCAAAGCAGCUGGUGCCUAAUUUUGCCAAGAUUCUUGAGAAUAUAUUCCUUCCCCUCUUUGAGGCAACCAUUCAUCCUCAAACUCAUAAAGAGCUUCACGUGUUCCUCAAAUAUGUGUCGGGCUUUGACAGCGUAGAUGACGAGUCCAAGCACAGUGAUCACAUGUUUUCGUUUCGGAGCCCAAAGCCUGAACAGUGGACCGGAGAUGAUAACCCUCCAUACAGCUACUACCUCUUCCAUAUGUAUGCAAACAUCAUGGUCCUCAACAACCUCAGAAAGGAACGUGGCCUCAGCACCUUCCAGUUUCGCCCACACUGUGGAGAAGCAGGAUCCAUCACUCAUCUGGUAUCUGCCUUCCUGACAGCAGACAACAUCUCACAUGGGCUCAAUUUGAAGAAGAGCCCUGUGCUUCAAUAUUUAUACUACUUGGCUCAAGUACCCAUUGCAAUGUCACCCUUGAGCAACAACAGCCUGUUCUUGGAAUACUCGAAAAACCCUUUGCGGGAGUUCCUGCACAAAGGCCUUUGUGUGUCCCUAUCUACAGACGACCCCAUGCAGUUUCACUACACCAAGGAGCCCCUGAUGGAGGAGUACGCAAUUGCAGCUCAACUGUGGAAGCUCAGCACGUGUGAUGUGUGUGAAAUAGCCAGAAACAGCGUGCUACAAUGCGGACUCUCUGACCAGGAUAAGAAGCACUUCUUGGGGGUCAAUUAUCUCAAAGAUGGACCUGAGGGAAAUGACAUCCGUCGCACCAACGUGGCGCAGAUCCGCAUGGCUUACCGGCAUGAAACUUUGUGCAAUGAACUCAGUUUCCUCGUGGAUGCGGUCAAGUCUGAAGCUAUGAAUUCUGUUAUGUGA